CAUUAUCUAGCAAAGAGAAGUAAAACUUGUAGACACGAACAUUUUACAUGGUAUAUAAUUAUGCGACAAAACAUAAAUUUAAGAGGGAGAAAGAUAUAAAUGUAUACAAUUUUUAAUGGAACAUAUUUCAUUUUUCACUGAUUAUGUAGAUGAAUUUAGGAAGCAAAAGUUUCAGAUACGUAUUCUCUUUUUUCAAAAAUUAUUAAACGUAAAAGCAAUUAAAAAUUAAACAAUCCGAACGUUUCGGAUCACGUACCGAAUAUACCCGAAGAACAUUGUGACGUCACAAGUGUGCGACGGUGCUACACAAUUCGCUUUCUUAAUUCGCUAUACAACACCGCACUGGCGCGCGUACACACCAGAGCAUGAUCGAGUACGUAUACAAUCAUGCAGAAGGCAUACUCGUGACAUCACAAAAAAGGCACAUUUCAACGCCGCUCAAAUAUCAGCAAAGUUUUAAUUUAUUUACUUUGAUUCUUGAUUUAUUAAGUAAAUAUAUGUAACGAAAACACGACCUAAUUGUUUCUAGUAAUCCAAAGUUUUGUUUUCAGUAGUAUUUUUAACCAAAAAGAAUGCAAUAACCGGAAUUAAAAUAUACAUUUCUUAAAAUAAAAUAUAAAAUCAAAUAGAGAAAGAUUUUUCCACAAGAAAAUUUCUUCACGAAAAGGAAAGGAAAGUGAAUUUCUACUAUCAUAAAAUAAUACGGAAGUAAUAUAUUACACGCGGUCUCGCUAUCCAUCAUUCAAAUAGAAAAGAAAGAAAUAGCUUUCCUGCUGUCUCAUAAUCGAUUUAAUAUGUACAAUGAUUAAAUUUAUAUCUUUUGACAGGAGCUUCAUAAUGUAGUAGGAUUAUCGUGCAACUAUUCAUGCAGCUCGAUAAAUCGUGCUACCUUAUGAACCAUAGUACCGAUACACGCAGUUAUAAUUGCAGAAUUUAGAGCAACAUUAAUAUUUCAUGUCGGUAGGAAAAUGUAGGAAAUUCUUACCGUAUUAUCCUUAGGCUACUAGUGUACUGUAAUUAUCUGUGCGUGUAUUUGUGCAGCGAGAAUCCAACUUAAUCGGUAAAGUUUGCGUGUUCUCCAUGUCACCGACGUCCCCGUGCAAUAAAUCGGAAGGGAAUGGUCCUCCUCCUCCGAGAUAUUCCGUUACUACAGUUCCUCCCUGCACUUCGUUCGAGACAGAUCAAAGGAAUAGUAACUUAAAUCCAGUGUUAUUAAAAAACAAAAUAUCUUGAUUCUAAAAAAAAUUUAAUAUAUUUCAAACAUGAUGCGACGAAAAAGGGUACUUUGCUCUUUACCCGCGUUCUUCCGAUUAUUGCAAAUUAUAAUUAAUUUUUAAAUUUCAUUCCGUUCAUGUACUUUAAGUGAAAUGAUUUAAAAUCUUCGAUCAUUUAUACUAUUUAUAUUAUUUAAAUAGAUUACUAUUAGAUAUUAGAUAGACUAGAUAAGACUAUUAAAUGUUAAAUAGAUUACUAUUAGAGUUUGAGAACUCAAAAAUGAUUAACUUUUCAUAGGGUGGUUUAAAGACUGCGCGAAAGAUGGCCAAAAAGACAACACCGGCGGCAUUACAAACUGAAAUUUCUAAUAACGAAGAUUGGGAAAAGCUUCUUACAAAACCAGGGUUAAUAGUGGUCGACAUAUAUUCAGAAUGGAGUGGACCCUGCACAGGGAUGGUAAGCACUCUUAAAAAAAUCAAAAUGGAAAUUGGAGGAGAUACGUUGAGUUACGCCAUGGCAAUGUGCGAUUAUAUCACGAACUUAGAACGUUUUCAAGGGAAAAGUGAACCAACAUGGAUGUUCAUACACAAUGGUCGGAUGGUAAAUCUUAUAUUUGGUGCUGACUGCCCACAAUUAUUAAAAGUAUUAACAAUGGAAUUGCAACGAGUACAAAAUAACGAGGAACACGAGUUUUCUUUAGAUGUAUCGGAAAGAAGUCCAGAAGAAAUAAAACGAUUAAAAAUUAUUGAAGAAACUAGAAUAGCUAAAGAAACGGCAAAGAAGGCUCGAAAAGAAGCGGAAGGUAUAGCACGAUAUGAAGCCGAAAUGUUGUAUCUGACUACUUCACUAAGCAAAGAAACUUGUCUUUUACUUUUUCCGUGGGUUUUUAAGGAUGAAGAAUGUCAUAAAAGAGAUAAAAGAUCUAGCCCUCCGUACAUAGAAUUGGUUGAAGAAAUACUAAUAGGAAAUUACACCGUCGAACAAGAAAUACGAAAACGACUCAAUGAAGAUAUUCUAUCUACGAUGUUUAAUGAAUCUCAUUACGUAUUAUCACCAAAUGCUAAACAACUACUUCUAGAUGGGAAGUGUAUGUUUAUGCGAUUAAAAGUUAGCGAAACAAAGCCAGAAAUUGAUAUUCAUAAAUAUUUGUUAAAUCUUUUAUUUGGAGAACCGAAAUUACCCAAUAUGGAAACAAUUCUUAAUGAAGAAUGUUACGCUGGUCGACAUCGUCCUGCGUAUAUAACAAGCGAAAAUGAAAUUUUUCCAAUCGUAUGGACACCACCAAAUUGUCGAAAUAAGGCAAUUGUUUUUCGCACUAUUUUUCCAACAUAUACCAAUACUACAUAUCACUAUGAAGAUAAAACUACGAAGGUACCUAUAGUAGUAUUCAAAUAUGACUACAUGAGAAAGAAUGAGCUGAAAAUGGUCUUACAAGAAUUUGAAGACGAAGUAGUUAACUUUGGCAUUUUUGAAUCUGAUAAGCCACUAGAAGCAAAACUUAUAGCAAAGAAUAUUACGGAAUUUGAAUUGAAUACAAGGGAAAGAACAGGAUACGAGAUAUUUGUAUGUGUUGUAAAAAAAGUAGGAUGUGAAGCGUUUUUAGGAUUUGCAGGUAUUGGACCUUAUCAUGUAAGUGAAAAUCUGGAAAAGGGCAUAGAGGAAUCAAAACAAUACUUCCCAGAUGUUACUGCUUCCGAAGAAACACAAUCAGACGACGAAGAAAAACCGGAAGAGUUAAUAGAAAAUGCGGAAGAAAACAAAAAUGGAACAUGAAAUAUUACUUACAGGUGUAUAUAAAUUUGCAUCUUAUUUGAAAUUAUAAUUUCAAUUGUACGUUUCAUAAAAAGUGAAGGAAUUAAUAACAUAUAAAAAUGUUGUUAUGAAGCCAACAUUUAUUUUCCAGCUAACUAAACUUGCUAUAUGAAAGAAUGUAGAAAUAGACAAACUGUCUAAAUAUUGCAAGUCAAUGUAAGGUUGUGGUACAAUAAAUGAUGGCAAAUAAA